AUGUUACACAUUCUUUUUCAUUGUUAUGUAAACUUCCAUUGCGGGAAGCGGGAGUUGGUGGCCAAGAUGAGCUUCCAUGCAGCGGCAGCACUGAUGAAAGGCUGCCCGGUUAGGGAUGGCACCUUGCGCCAGGCACAGCGUCGAAGCUUCACUCCAGCCAGCUUUCUGGCAGAGGACACGAAUUUGCCUGAUGAGCUGGACACAUCCUUCUUUGCCCAGGAAGGUAUCCUCCAUGAAGAGCUGUCCAUAUACCCGGACGAAGUUUUUGAGUCCCCAUCAGAGGCAGCACUCAAGGACUGGGAGAAGGCACCAGAGCAGGAGUACCUCACUGGAGGGGCCCUGGACCGCAGUGAGCUUGAGCGCAGCCACCCGAUGCUGCCUUUGGAGCGAGGCUGGCGGAAGCAGAAGGAAGACACCGUAGCCUCGCAGCCCAAGGUGCGGCUGCGACAGGAGAUGGUGAGCACCGCGGGGCCGCCGCGGAACCAGCGCAUCGCGAUGCCUGUGCGCAAGCUCUUCGCCCGGGAGAAGCGGUUGUAUGGGCUGAGCAUGGUAGGACCGCUCACCAACCACACCUACCACAAGCACAUCGACAGCUUCGUCAAGCGACAGAUUGAGGACAUGGACAGCCACAGGCCCUUCUUCACCUACUGGCUCACCUUCGUGCACUCGCUCGUCACCAUUCUAGCCUUGUGCAUCUAUGGCAUCAUGCCCGUGGGCUUCUCACAGCAUGAAACGGUGGACUCGGUGCUGUGGAACCACUGGGUCUACGAGAACGUCAAGUACGUGCAGCAGGAGAACUUCUGGAUCGGGCCCAGCUCGGAGGCCCUCAUCCACCUGGACGCCAAGUUUUCGCCCUGCGUAUGCCAGGAUCCGCAGGUGCACAGCUUCAUUCGCGCAGGGCGCUAGCGGGAGAAGCACUCGGCCUGCUGCAUGCAUAGCAACAGGUUGGGCUGCCUGCAGACCUCGGAGGAGGAGUGCUCGUUCAUGCUGGCAAUGUGGGUGAAGUGGCCCAUCCAUUCCAGCGCCCCAGAGCUUGCCAGCCACAAGAGUCAGUUUGGCUCUGUCUGCCACCAGGAUCCCAGGGUAUGUGAUGAGCCCUCCUGGGAAGACCCCCAUGAGUGGCCAGAAGACAUCACCAAGUGGCCGAUCUGCACCAAAAAAACAUCUGGGAACAAUACCAACCUUCCCCACAAGGACUGUGUCAUCACAGGACGGCCCUGCUGCAUUGGCACCAAGGGCAAGUGUGAGAUCACCUCCCGGGAGCACUGUGACUUCAUGAGGGGCUAUUUCCAUGAGGAGGCCACGCUCUGCUCUCAGGUGCACUGCAUGGAUGAUGUAUGUGGGCUCCCGCCUUUCCUCAACCCUGAGGUGCCUGACCAUUUCUACUGCCUGUGGCUGUCCCUCUUCCUGCACACCAGGAUCCUGCACUGCCUGGUGUCCAUCUGCUUCCAGAUGACCGUCCUGCGGGACCUGGAGAAGCUGGCAGGGUGGCACCGCAUAGCCAUCAUCUACCUGCUGAGUGGUGUCACUGGCAACCGGGCCAGUGUCAUCUUCCUGCUGUACCGAGCAGAGGUGGUUCCGUCUGGCUCUCAGUUUGGCAUCCUGGCCUGCCUCUUCGUGGAGCUCUUCCAGAGCUGGCAGAUCCUGGAGCGGCCCUGGCAUGCCUUCUUCAAGCUGCUGGCUGUGGUGCUCUUCCUCUUCACCUUUGGGCUGCUGCCCUGGAUCGACAGCUUUGCCCACAUUUCGGGGUUCAUCAGUGGCCUCUUCCUCUCCUUCACCUUCUAGCCCUACAUGAGCUUCGGCAAGUUCAAUCUGUACCAGAAAUGCUGCCAGAUCAUCAUCUUUCAGAUGGUCUUUCUGGGCCUCCUGGCUGGCCUGGUGGUCCUCUUCUCCUUCUAUCCUGUCUGCUGUGAGUGGUGUGAGUUCCUCACCUGCAUCCCCUUCACUGACAAGUUCUGCGAGAAGUACGAACUGGACGCUCAGCUCCACCAAGCUGGCUGCUGGCUCCAGGGACCAUGCGCUCCAGCAGGCCAGAGCCAGACAUGA